AUGGCAGAAGAACAGCAGCAACAAACGCCUCCAGCUUCGGCGCCAGAACCCGUUGUCGAGGAUAAAGCUCUACCACAGCAGUCGCCUGAAGAACAACCGAAAGAACAGUCAGAAUCGCCGAAUGCGUCGACGCCCAAUAGCCAAAAACAACAACCACAACGCCCUGAGUAUAACGCUGCCAGCGCCACGAAUGGUGGUAGAGAAAUCUCCAAGAAGAUUCUAUAUGUUGGGGGAUUGAGUAAAUCGGUGGAGGAGACCGAACUCAAGGACUUGUUUGACGCCAACGAGGUAUUUUCCGUGAAGAUCUUGAACGACAAGAACAAGCCCGACCUAAACUAUGCUUUCAUCGAAUUUCACGACGAAAAUGGCGCCGAGAAGGGCUUGACGUCCAUGAACGGGAAAAUCGUUCACGAUAAUGAACUUAAAAUCAACUACGCGUUCCAGUCUGCUACCUUUUCCACAGCUCAGAACUCUGAGGAACCAGUCUACAACAUCUUCGUCGGCGACUUGUCUCCUGAGGUUGAUGACGAAGCCUUGCAUAAAUGUUUCUCCGUGUUCAACUCGCUAAAGCUGGCACACGUUAUGUGGGACAUGCAGACAUCAAGAUCUAGAGGCUACGGGUUCGUCACUUUCACUUCUUUGUCGGACGCAGAAUUAGCAUUGCUGACAAUGAACGGUAGAAUGCUCAGUGGGAGAAAUAUCAGAUGUAACUGGGCCAGUCAUAAACAGAAUACCAGAGGCGGUCACCCACAUGCCAAUAACGGUAUGCGUCAUAACAACAACCCCAACAACUACAACAAUUACAACAACCACAAUAGAGGUCCACGUCCGUUCCCCAGAGGAUACAGCAAUCCUAAUGGUAUCAUUGGUAACGGAAACGGCCACAGCAACGGCCACAUGGGCGGCGGCUUCGAGCCAGCUCCAUUCCCCAUGGCUCUGCCCCAAGUCUCCGAUGGUUCACCCAUGUUUGCUGCCCCGGGCAUCAACGGAGCUGUCAUGUCACCCCAAUCUUACGAUAUCGUAUUGAGACAGACGCCCUCGUGGCAGACGACAGUAUAUUUGGGCAACAUUGCUCACUUUACUCAACAAGACGAUCUUAUUCCUUUGCUACAAAACUUUGGAUUCAUUGUUGAUUUCAAGUUCCAUCCAGAUAAAGGGUGUGCUUUCGUCAAAUACGACACUCACGAAAGAGCUGCUCUAGCCAUUGUACAGUUGACUGGAUUUGCUGUGAAUGGUAGAGCUUUAAAAUGUGGAUGGGGUAAAAGUCGAGGACCAGCGCAAGGUCAGUAUCAAGGUUUCAAUCGUAAUGGCCCACCAAUAGACUUGCCAUUCAUCCUUGGUGUUGCCUCUUCUCGCACGUUCCAUCAAGAUAUACAACUUCAGUCACCCAGCAGUGUUCCAAUCUUCUGCUGUAUGAGCAAAAGUAUCAGACUUGUGUUUACCGUUACCAUUUUACUUUGUCUAAUCUCCCCGCUCUUCGCCAUCGACAAGUUGUCUUACCAGCACUUUAUCGAAACUUACGUUCCUGGGAAGAUCUCCCUUUUAUCGUCCUUUGCCAAAAGAAACAAAGGUGCCACCACUGCCAUAGCCAUAGUAUUAGCCUCGGUUGCUAUAUUUUACCCACUGCUAUUCAACGUCCCUCAGCUAUUUAAUAAAGUACUCGGCUCAAUGAACUCCAACUACAGAUUCCUUUCCUCCACUGGCUUUGGCAAUCGCUUUGGUGGCUCCGGUACAUCUUCCAACUCACGAGAAUCCCGUUUCGCUAUGAAGAACGGUGGUGAGUUGGGAGGCAUAAGCAAUGAUGGAAACACUUGCUUCAUGAACUCGGUUAUUCAAUCUUUGGCUUCCUCCAAGCAGUUGAUGCAGUUUAUAGAUAGAAACAUCAACAGCGAAACACAGCUUAUGGUGGAUGCUAACGUACCUGUUUCUAGGAUGAGUCAGCUACGCACAAAUUUGGUCUUCACGAGAGCCCUCAAGAAGAUUUUGAAUGACGUGAACGGCGCCUAUGGCUCAAGAGGAAAGGAAUUCAGCACAAGACCAUUGCUCCACAAGAUGCCCAAUGGACCCAAGCAAAACUUCUUUACAGGAUAUAAUCAGGAAGAUGCUCAGGAGUUCUAUCAGCUUGUGAUGAGAAUUGUGGAGAAAGAAUAUAAGAGUAUUUCGACAUCGAGAGAAGCCACACCAGAACCUGAAUCUGAGGGUGAACAAAAAGAUGAUCUGAAGAAGUAUGUCGAUGCUAGAUUACUUUCAAAUUUGACAUUUGGAUGUGAGAAGCUCGGCAAACUCGGUAAUGUAUUUGUUCCUGCUCAUCAGGUCGAUCCUAAUAUUCCUGAUAGCGAAGGUAAAGUUCUCCCUCUUGAACUUGUCACCCCUGUCGAUGGUGUUUCAGCUGAACGUAUUGGAUGUCUCACCUGCGGAGAGGUUGGUGGUAUUCGUUAUUCAGUCUUGAGUGGAUUGAGUUUGAACUUGCCUUAUAAUGCCUCCAACUAUAGCAAUUUCACCUUGCACCAACUCCUCAACGAAUGGAGUAAGCCCGAGAUGAUUGAUGAAGUUAAUUGUAACAGAUGCGGCUUAAUACAAACGAAAGCAUUCCUUUCAGACAGCAUGAACAAAAACGCAAACGAACGGUUAGCUGCUGACUUCCAAAAACGUAUUGGUGAGAUUGAUAAUGAGCUCGCCAAAGAUCACAUUGCUGAUGAAGUUUUUGAACGUCUCACGACAAAGAGCAUGAUUAGAAAAACUACCAAAACCAAGCAGGCCCUCUUGAGUAGGCCGCCACCUUUACUUUGCAUUCACAUCAACAGAUCUGUUUUUGACCCAAGGACGUAUAUGAUUGUCAAGAACUCCAAGACUGUCAGAUUUCCUCUCAAGCUCGAUCUUAAUCCUUACAUUGCUGAACCUAAAGAUAUCAAUAUGGAUGCCAGACUUCCUUUCAGAAAACAAGAUUCCUCAACAAGUAACGGAACAGUUGAAUCUCCCGAAUCCGAUGAAGACUCGGAACUUGAAGAGCCAAACGCCGAGGGUCCUUUCUCUGGCAACCGUGAUCUUCUUUACAAUCUUAAAGCUGUUAUAUCCCAUUAUGGAACUCAUAACUAUGGUCAUUACAUUUGUUACAGAAAGUACCGUGGAACAUGGUGGAGAAUCAGUGAUGAGUCCGUGUAUGUUGUUAACGAGGGUGAUGUUUUGAACUCUCAGGGCACAUUCAUGUUGUUCUAUGAAUGGGAUGACGGUGAGGUCGAGAACUUGCAGCAGCUUGAGGAAGAGGAAAGUGAAAAGGAGUCUAUAGUGUCAGCUGACGCAGAAAAGGCAAAGGCAAAUGAAUCCGAUGAUGACGACGUCCUGGUGUCUCUGUCCGACGAAGAUGAUGACAGCAAUGUUAUGGAUGAAGUCAAGAUCACCAAGUCCAACUCGAACGCAUCAGCUACCAGCGAGGGUCCCGUCGAAGCUGUCAAGCCUACAGAGGAGGUGCAUCCAUUACAGGAUGAAUAUCGUUUAGGGGAGGAAAGAGCCUUCCAUGUUUGA